CACAUUGCCUUAAGUGAAGGAAUAUUUGUUCAACUGAUUCUUUGAAUACUUUUUUUGUACAAAAAGUUUAUUUAAUUGAUAUUAAAUAUGAGGAAAGUUUUAAGUGUUGGAAAUUUGUGCGCUUUUGUGCUGUUAUUGUGGGCAUCGGAGACACGGGUGGUGUCGGCUGUGUGUCCGCACAUACAAACAGUGCCCAACUUUGAUCCCGAGCGGUUUAUGGGCAAAUGGUAUGAAAUACAGAAAUACCCCAAUGUAUGGGAAGCCGGACAGAAGUGUAUUACAACUAAUUAUAAUCUUAACCCCAACGGCACUAUCAAUGUUGAAAAUCGUGGCGUUUAUAAAUUGAUUAACUAUCCGAUAAAUAUACGAGGUUUGGCCACACCUAACACAACUGAUCCAGCUAGGUUUGAUAUAGAGUUUAGACGCUUCGCCGGCUUUACUGGAAAAUCAAAACUUUGGAUAUUGGAGACCGACUAUCAAAACUAUGCGCUCACAUAUUCCUGCUCUUCCCUACCCGUAGUGCCCAUUAAUAUCGAAAAUGCAUGGAUUAUGAGUAGAACUCCUACUUUGGACCAACAGAUUGUGGACCUCCUGUCCAAUAGACUUACGGCCAUCAAUAGUCCGACUUUCUUAUUCUUCCGCACCGAUCAAAGCAAUUGUCCCAACGAUGACAACAAUAAUGAUGAUUUCACACAAACCGCCUCAUCUAAUGUUGCAUACUAUGUGACGAUGCCCUGCAAGAGUAACUACGACAGCGCCGUCAACAUAACAGCCAUAUAUAACACAAAUAGCGGUCCCAACUCCGGGAUAGCGUGUGACCAAACAACAAUGCAUAAGGGCUUUAUUUCCGGCGGUCCGUGCGAUGGGUCGGCGUAUAGGGAGGCGACCGCAUACAGGGGUUCGCCUGUUAAGGGCUGUCUCAGUCCCAACGGUCUCUCCAAUUAUAACUGCGUUUACAGAAAAUUUCAGCUCUCGGGCCGUUGUAAGACUGUUUGCGAAAUUUAUGAGCUAGGUCAUAUUGGCGCCAUUGUUGAGACAUAUGACCCGCCCUUUAAUAAUACCGGUGUCGCUCAAUAA